GCAGACAUUACAUGAUUACACUAUUCCUUUAGAUGUGAAUUCAAAUGGUCAAUGUAGUCCUCGAAACUAUGUUCUAAAUGUCCACAUUUUCAUAUAUAAAUAUAGAAUUGUAGGCAAUGCACUUAACAAAUAAUAAUAAAAAAUUGGACCCCCCCAAUGUCUAAACCAUGGUUACGCCCUUGGUUCCAAUGAAGCAACAAAGGGGUAGUAGAAUUUGUGUGCCUUAACUGCCAUUUAUUCUAUAUGGUCCACACCCAAACCCUCUGUAUCAUUAAAUGCAUGUUGAAAGUGCACAUUUUCAUUACAUACCCCUUAGUCAAAGGUUAGGAUCUGACCCUUCGUUGUCUACAUCGUCGUCUUCAUCUUUGUCUUCAUCUUCAUCUGCUACACCGUCUUCAUCUGCUACACUGUCUUCAUCUUCGUCUGUAUCUGCUACACCACCAAUUUCAGCUUCACCUUCAUCCAGUUCAGGUUCUAAUUCCUCUAAAGUAAAAUAAAAAAGGCUUUGAUGAGAACACACUCAAUUUAAUAUUAUCAUUAAUAGUAGUAGGAGUAUUUUGUAAUAGAAGCAGCAGUAUUAAUAAAAAAAAAAUUAAAUUAGGCACAUACCUUCAAUGUCAAUCUCUUCAAGAGAUUUUCCUUGGAAUUUUGCCAGAGAUCCUUUCUCCAUGGCCAAUAGAAGCUUGGAGAUUUUUGCAAUUUCGAUGGUUGCCUCUGGAAGUCGAUAAAGUCUCUGUGGACCCGUAUGUCAUGGCCCAAAAAGUUUGCUAGUUGGUCCAGCUCAUUGUUCUUGAGGUUCAGAAUCUGGGAUAGUGUUGCAACGUGCUUGCGAAAAUGUGUAGACCGAAGAUAUUCAGAAUUCUUGGCACCACAUUGACCUGCAAAGAUCCUGAUGCAGUCCUGUCCCCUGUAGAAACUAGUGGGGGGGCACUGUGGCUUUCCAAAUAAGAAAGGGUUGUCUUUGUGGACAUUACAUGCGUCUCUUUUGUCUGCAAGAAGGGCUGUUGCACUGACAACGUCAGGGUUUAAUAAAACAGCAACUUUUCUUCCCCUUUUGCCCAUAAUUUCAACCCUGCUGAAGUGCUUUGCUAGCUUUUGCUCAAACAGUGAGAGACCAUUAGCUAUGUCCUCAUGGAGCUCAGUCUGGUCUCUUUUCAUGAAAGACUCAAGUGUCAUUUUUGAAACUUCUCCUGCAUGGCGUCUGUUGAAGAUAAUUAUUUGCGUGAGUGUCACCCUGGCAAGUUCUGCAUACAUCUGUGGCGACUCGUGCUUCUUAAGGUUCUCAACAGCAUCAACUGAUUUCUUCUCCAGAUACUGGUGCAAAAGCUGCACAUCCUUUGUGAAUGGUAUGGUCAAAGUUUUGUUGAACUUUGACUUGCUCAAAGUAGCAAGAGCAGUGUGGGAGACAAGUUCGGUCCAUUCUUUUGUGCACAGCCUUGUGAAUCGCUCUGGUGCUUUUAUCGUCACUUCAUCUUCUGCUGAAAUGGCUCUGCAGAGAAUAAUGUCACCAAUCUUCUUCAGAGAGUGUCCUAAUUUUAGAGCAAGACUUGGUGUGCGAUAGCAGUGCUUCUCUUCAUCAUAACCCGCGACGUCUUUCACAGCCUCAAUAACUCGGUAAAAGUUUGUCGGUUUUACAGCAUCUUCAAAGCUAAAUAUAGAACUUUUUCUCAAGCUCAACAAUAGCCUGCCCAUUUCCCGAACCUUCUGUCUCAUGUAUUCAAAUUUUGUUGGAUCACUUCCAUGUUUGUUGUAGAGAGACUGACCAAGUUGCAGUAUGAGGAAAUCAUUUCGAGAUGCCGAUGAUACCUCAUCUUGCUUCAUAUUUCCAAGGAUCUUCCACAACCCAGGAGAAAUAGCUUUGGAGAAUGUUGACUCUGCAACAUCAGCCAGAACUAAGACUUUGGCCCUACCAGUUGCGUCAGUGUUUGAGGCUUCCUUUGAAGGACAUCUACGUGUAUGGCGCCAAAGCUCUUUGCGAGCAAACGUGCCUUUACAAUACACGCAGUGCACAUACUUUUUGGCAUUAAGUGAGAUGUUCGAUCUUCCUGGUCUUCGUUUUAAUUUCAGUGGUCCACUCUGAUUCUGCAUUGCCUCUUGAUUAUGUUGGUAAUUGCCUUUGUCCCGCAGCUUCUCAAGUAAAGCUUUUCUCUCGUUAGAGUUUUUAGGGAACAAGAAUGCUUGAGCAAUAUCAGGCUCUUCUUUUUCAUGCUUUUUAAAGUGACGGGAAAUUUUAGUUUGAGGUUUCUUGCAAACGUAACAGUAAUUUUUUGUGCAUGAAGAGUAAUUUGUCUCCCUCUUAUCAGAAGAACAAGACUCUGUAAUAACCAUCUUCUUUUUCUUCUUCAAACUUGGGAGCCUCUGAGCAUUUCUUGUGGUGGGUUCAUGAUCAGAACUGAUUUCGUUGGAGUCAGAAGCAGUCUUGUCCUCCAGGUCAACACAUUCUGUAGGUUGUGGCACAGUCUUUUCCCUCUCCUCAGAAGACCCUGAGACAGUUUGACUUGCAAUCUUACAAUGUGGUUCAUUGACGGUGGAAAGGAUAUGAUCCGAAUCUUCAUCAGAGCUGCAUCCAUCACUACUUGUUGCAGUGUCAGGAACGUAGUCUCCAUCACAGUUGGAACCAUCAACACUGGAAAGUUCACUACUUGUUUCAGGAACAUAGUCUUCAUCACAGAUUGAACCAUCAACACUGGAAAGUUCAGUGAUCUUCAUAUAAAAAGACGAAAGAAAUCUUUAUCAACUUUUUUUACAUUAUCCAAACAGAUCUCUCAUUCGUAGUUAUAUGAUAACGUACCAGUGAUUCGUUAUUCCUGUUGAAGCAGGAUUUGUGCCAUGAUGUUGAACAUACUGAAACAAAUUUACAAAGGAGAAUUAGCUGGUUAUAUUUUUCAAGCAAAAGUUUUAAACAUCAAAUAACUAACAAAAAUGAAAGUAACUCAAGUGAAAUCCUAGGUAUGCUUUUGAAAUGCUGAUGAUUUAACUGAAGCGUCUGAAAUAAAAGGAAAAAAGCUGUUUCAGUAACAGAUACUGACUUUUACAUGUCAGACCAAUCCAUUUUAGGCUCGAGACGGGUCCUCUACAGUCUUGACAGUGAUCCAAACUGGAGACAACUGCACUGGUCAAUACAUGGUGGCACUGAGGAUCCAAAAUGUAACAUAAAAGUAAGAAAAUAAAUAUAUAUCGAUUGUAAAGUGAGUUUUAAGAGUGAAAUGUCCCGAUAUACUUUUAGGGCAUACUAAUAACAAUAAAAAUGACAGAAAUAAUAGUGUGUUUGUGCGUGCGUAUCUUUCCAAAUAAUCUAAAACAUUCCACCAGUUACUAUUUGACCCAAUGUGUGGAGGCAAUGUAACACCCUCUUUAAGACACUGAACCAACAUCUAAAAACCUCAAAUGGCCGACAUUAUAUAAAAGUUCAACUUGCCUUCUUGGUGGUUGACGAGGCUGGAGCUUCCUACUCAGGGUUCGAUGCACAAGGUGUCUGAAAAUUGUAGAGAAGAAAUGUAUAUUGUUGUCAUAACGUCUGUAGAGGUUUGAGGAACACUUGCAUGAACAAAAUGUUUUGCAGUUAUGGAGGACGUGCGAACAUGCUUGAUAAAGGCGAUAGGCUAGUAAUGUUACCGGCUGUCUUUACAAGUCACACUAGUAUCCCUACAAGUCAUAAUGCAACCAGACGGCUGUGUAUCUUUCCAAAUUAUCUAAAACAUUCCACCAGUUACUAUUUGACCCAAAGUGUGGAGGCAAUGUAGCACCCUCUUUAAGACAAUAGUCCAGCUAAAACAGGCUUAUACUACAACCAGUCGUCCUCAAGUAACACUUUGCCAGUGGGUGAAAGAAUACAACACUUACUAUAUCAUUGCCUGUUGUGUAUGGAGGUGAACUAAGUCCAAUGACAGCCUCACUUUUCUCUCCAAAGAGACCCCGUAAAAGAGUACAGAUAGACCCAACUUAAACAUUUACUUAUUUUCAUUCAACCAUCAAUGUGCUUAUAAUAUUGUAUGAACAGCAAACCUUCAAGCAUACAGUAUAUUCAAGCAUUUUAUUCAAGCAACAAACACUCACAAACAAUCUCUCCCUCUCAUCAUGGCACUGUACUGCAGACUAAAAGAGUCAGGGUGGGGCUGAAGGCUUUAAAUAUGGUGUCAGGAAACACCUGCUGCCACUGAUUGGCCCUAUUUGGGCCAAACCAUUUUCCCUUGUGUCAAAGGAGGACACUGGACAUUGACAUUGGACGUUAAUGAGCGACAAGCCUAAAUGCACCAGUGAAAAUCACUGAUCUACAAGAUGAAAUGAACUUUAACAUGUAUGCUGUAUUUUUGAUGAGUUUAUUCAUGGUUGAUUUGCAAAAUGCCACAGUAUUAUAAUCCUCCUGUUGAUUGGGCCUGUCUAGUGGGAGGGCCAUGGGGUAUAAAAGGGGUGAGCUGCUGUCCUUCUGACAGUCUGCUGUUGCCAGAAGACGUUGUCUGUGUUGAGCAGGGUGCUCAGCUCUCCACGAGAUGCUAAAUAUCUACUGAGGUGAUAAUUCCAUUAUGUUGUAAAUUAUGGUUAAAUGCAUUCAGUAAUUGAGUUUAAUUUGCAUUUAUUUUGCUAAUGGAUUAUCUGAUUUAUUGACAUUGAUUAUUUGAAGUAACGGUAUUUUAUGUUGAAUAUGCUUGAUUUAUUAUAGAGAAUUUGAUUAUUGAUUAUUUGAAUUGAUUGAAUUAUUUGAUUUUGGAAUUGGUUAUUAUUACUAUUUUCAGAUAUUGGUGUUGGCCUCCUCUGUAUGUUUUGCACUUAUCUGACAAUUCUCUUCCACACAGAGCAGAAUUGUGGCCUAUUUGACGAAUUUAUUUUUUCUUAAUUAUUUUUUAUUGCUGUAAAAAAAAAGAAACUCAACACCGAGUAAUCUGUGUUGGCCCCAACACCGGUAACGUCGGUAAUGCGGCAACCCCACUCCUUAUACAAGUUAUACAAGAGUCAAAUAUGACAAAACCGAAGGCAAUGGGAGACUGUCCCAUUUGCCUGAAAGCACUACAAUUUGUGGCAAAGCAUCUAAGGGAGAUCCAUUCCCUCCACAACAACCGGGAGAGGGGCAUCCUAAACUUCCUGGCCACAGGCAGGACUUUGAUCCCCGCCAGACCCUGCUCCCUUCCCGGAUGUUCGCCCCAUCUCCUCUGCGUGGAGAAACAUCUUAGGACUCAUAAUGAGCUUCGCAAGGGAAACGUGAAUCGGGAGAUCAAGGCCCUCAAGCGUGCCACAGCCAUAAAACAGCUGGCGGCCUUGAGGGCCACUGAUCCCCAUCCACCCAUCGUAAGCACGCUCGACCAGACGGAGGACCAGCAGUCUGACCCGGAGGCGGGAGUAAGCAUGUGCAAGAAGCGCACUUGCGUCAAUGCCCGCCUCCGGGUCCGUGAGCAAGAAAGGGAGCUGGCAGACCUCCGUACUAGGUUGGUCCAGCUCCAGGCCAAGCGCCGGCCUCGACGUGCCUCGACAUUCCUCAUCAUGUGUUGCAUCUUUACAGACACUUACCUUGAGGAGUAUGCAAAAUACCUUUUCUGCCCGGAAGGGACAAAGAAGAUGAAAGAACAGCGUGUCGAAGGCCAGCCGAGCAAAGGUGUUCCUCAAAUUCUUGACGCUCGACUGGCCUUCGAUCAAAUAUUGGACAUGGCAAUUUAUCUUUAAUAUCCCCCUCAUAAAGACGUAAGUAGUGAAUUUUUGAUAAUGAUGAAGUAGUACUCAAACAUAUGACUGAGACUAAUUACAGCCUGAUCUUUCUACAGCUACCCUGCUACGCUUAGAGCGGCUGGCCUGGCCCCGACCACAAUGGUUCUGUAUGUGGGCCAGGCCAUCUCCUUCAUGGAGUAUUUCAGAGAUACCCUGGCUAAAUACUCCCGGGUGACCAACGGCCAGCUGGUCAUGGUCACCCGGGAGUUGAGAAAGCUGAUGAAAGACCUAAACAGGAACGUCCUUGGCCACCAGUCCCUGGUGAAACAGGGCAAACAGAUGAGACUGGUGGCCAAGGAGGACCUGGCCAAGUGCCAGCUCCUGGCCAAGGCAAAGAUUCGAACUCUCUCUCGCCAUAAAAGCUUAAAGUCUCAUUGUCCUUUCCUAUUUUUAACUCAUUACAGCGGAUAUGAAAGCGGCGGCCCCCAGGGACCCAAAGACCCACUGCAGAUUAUUUGGGUACCUGGUGGCCUACCUCUCAUCAAUUUACGGGCACAGGUCGGGGGUGCUGACCAGAAUGAGAGUGAAGGAGGUCCAGGACGCCAUCGGGGACAGUGAGAAGGGCUACCUCAUUAAUCUCAUGGAGCACAAGACCGUGAGGAAGUUUGGGGUGGCCCAGGUCUAUUUGGAGUCAGACGAGUACGGGUGGUGCAGGGAGUGGCUCUGCCUGCGGCUGCCCUCCCUGCCCCAGAACUCGUACUUUUUCACGUCCUUUGGAAGGGGGGAGCCAAAGGACCUCAUAAAGUACUUCCGUCAAGCUUGGGGGGAGAUGGGCCUCCCCGGGUCUCCAAGCUUGACGGACAUCCGUUCAGCCGUGGCCACAUACAACUUGGAGACCAACCACUCAGAGGUCCGCAGGAACAUGAGUGAAUUCAUGUGCCACGACGUCCACACUUGUGGAGCGCAUAAAAGCGCUCCACAAGACAUUGCCACGGGCCAAGCAGAUGAGGGACCUCUUCGUCUGCUUGGCCCAGCAGGAGCCUUCACCCGCUCCUGCUGGCUCCUCCUCCCCCGCUCCUGCUGGCUCCUCCUCCCCCGCUCCUGCUGGCUCCUCCUCCCCCGUUCCUGCUGGCUCCUCCUCCCCCGCUCCUGCUGGCUCCUCCUCCUCCUCCUCCACUCGUGCUGGCUCUAUUAAGAAGAGGCUAAGGCCCUCUGUGGCCCAACGGUUGGCAAGAAAGGUGAAGGAGAGAGUGGGGAUUUCUCCCCGAAAGAGCAGGAGGAGGGCAGUCAUUGUCCUGAAAAAACUAGAGUAGUUCAGUUCAGUUAUAUAUAUUUAUUAUUCGUGUUGUGUUUCAGUUCUAUAUAUUUAUUCAUGUUAUGUUUAAGUUCUUAAUAUUUAUUCAUGUUCCGUG